AAGUCGCUCUGUUUUGGUCGUGCGGUUAUCUGUAAGAAACGAGUCCUUCCGUCCAWAGUUCGAGCAAACUCGCCAUCGCUGAUAGAACGCACCUCUCGGAUCGACAGCAGAGGCCACAGCAAACGCAAACGCAAACGCAAACGCAAACGCGAGCAAGAAUACAAUACAACMCAAUACCGCACGGUACAAAACAAACAACAUGAGCAACAAAGGCAUUGGCGGCUGGUUGUCCGGCAUCGGGAAGGGCAUCCAGUCUACGCACGAACGGAUGCUCGCCGACAAACAGGCCAAGGACGAAGGGAAGAUCUGGGACCGCAAGAAGAAAGAAUGGGUCUUUUACUACCUGGACACGGAAUGGGAAGAAAUCGAGGAGAAGGAAAAGCUUCAGAAGCAAAAAGAAUCGGGCGAGACCGAUUCCGGCGGCAGCGGCCCGGAACGAAACGUGAAGGACCGAGAGUACUACGACCUGCUGGGGGUCAGCACGAACGCCACCCCGGCCGAGAUCAAAAAAUCCUACUACAAAAAAGCCCGCAUCGUCCACCCCGACAAGAAUCCGGGCGAUCCCGAGGCCGCCAACAAGUUCCAGCAGCUCGGGCACGCCUACAACAUCCUCAGCAACGAGCAGUCGAGGGCGAACUACGACAAGAACGGAAAGGCCGAGACGACCGCGGAAGAGGAACAGGCAAGCGACGUCGACGCCACGGUCUUUUUCAACGUCAUGUUCGGUAGCAUGCUGGUGGAACCCUACAUCGGGGAACUCUGGAUCGCUCACACCGCGGACGGGAUGCUCAAGGACGGGGGCAAGGGCGGCCUAGAGCUCGACGACAUGACGCAGGAGGAACUCGAACAGCUCCCGGAAGAAGAGCGCGCAAAGGUUCUCAAGGAACGCGAAAGAAUCAUGGACGAAAAACUCACCGCCAUGAGGGAAGAGAACGAGCUGGCGAUGGCCAAGCGACAGGUGACCUGCGCCAAGUUUCUGAGGGAACGCGUCGCUUCUUACUACAACUCGAUCCGCGCCCUGGACCAGAGCGGUUCCGAGGGCACCACCGAGCAGCAGCGAGCCGCCGAAAAGAAAGGCGUCAAGAAGGACUUUGUCGAGGAAUGCGAAAAGGAGGCCUUAAAUAUUGCCAGCGGAGCCCAGGGCGACUGGUACCUCAACAUCAUUGGCUUCUCCCUGGAGAUCAACGCCGAUCUCUACCUGGGCUUCGAGCGGUCCUUUUUGGGACUGGGAGGUCACUUCGCAAGAACCAGGGCCAAUGCCAGCGGCCUGAAUACCAACAUGGGACUCCUGGGUGCGGGACUCCGGGCCGUCGGCGCCGGGGUCCGAACCAUGCAGACGGCAGAAACGAUACAGAAGGAUCUCGAGAAGGCGGCCGGUGAAGCAUCCGGGGCCGAAACCGAAGGAGCUAGCGACAACGUGGCCGCYACCGGCGAAGACGGCGGGAAGACCAAGCUCACCGAGCUGUCGGAGGAGGACCAGAUGAAACUGGCCAUGGAAAUGCAGGACGCGAUGGACGAUUCCCUGCCCACGUUUUUGGAAUUCGCCCAGGCCAUCAACAAGCGCGACAUCCAAACGACCAUCAAGGGCGUCUGCAAGAAACUCUUUGACGACGCCUCAGUUCCGAAGGAAUCCCGGGUGAUCCGUGCCGAGGCCGUCCGGAUCCUGGGCAAGACCUUCCAGAGGGUGGCCGCGAGGAAGGUCAAUCCCGAUAGCAAUGCCAAGAUGAGCGCCGACGACAUCAAGCUCAAGAUGAACGUGGCGGCGAUGGCGACCAUGGCCAAGGCCCAGGGACAGGAACUGUCCGCCGACGACCAGGAAGAGCUGAUGAAGCAAGCCAAGGAAGCGAUGGAACAGCAACAGCAGCAAGGCACCGCGGCCACGGGACCCACCGAUGGCACGUAACGCGAAUCACAACAGCCCCACCCACUCCGAUUGUUUGUGUUUUGGUUUCGUCCGAUUGAUUCGGUUUGGUUUGGUUUGGUUUGGUUUGGUUUAGUAUUUCUUUGCCGUUUUUCGAUAAGUAGCACUACAUGACAAUAAGAAUAGAAAUAUACCGGUUUU